AUGUCAACAAAUCCGACUGCCAAUGGCUCCUCCUCCCAUGUGCUCGUGGAGGAAAGCUCUGUGCGGGACAUCAUAAAGAUUAUCACAGGGGUGAUUUUCAGCUUCAUCUUUCUGGCUGGUGUGACUGGGAAUGGGGUAGUCCUGUGGGUCACUGGGUGGAAGCUCCGAUGGACCUCCAACACUGUCUGGUUCUUCAACCUUGCCUUAGCUGAUUUAGCGUCCACCUCCCUCAUACUUGUCACGGUACUCAACUUGGCUCUUGACCUGCACUGGCCUUUUGGCUCUGUGGCUUGCAAAGUGGCCAAUUGCCUGUUUGGGCUGAGCGUAUGCAGUGGUGUGCUGUUACUAAGCUCCAUCAGUGUGGAUCGCUGUGUGCUGGUGGUGGCCCCUGUCUGGUGCCAGAACUACCGCACCCCACGACUCACCUGGGCAGCUUGUGGAUUCCUUUGGCUGCUGUCUUUGGCAUUCUUCGUUCCCAGCUCAUACUUCUUCACCCAGGUCUCUGUGGAUAAUAAUAAUCGGAGCUCCUGCAACAACCUGGACAUCUUUCAGGACUGGCAGCAAGCUGAGGUCCUCACUAUUUGUAUUUUUCUCUAUCAGUUCCUUCUUCCCUUACUGGUUAUCUCCAUCUCCUACACAAUCCUGGUGGUGACCAUGCGCAAGAAGAAGCUUAACAAAUCCAGCAAACCCUUCCUGGUAGUCACCAGGGUGGUCUUCUGCUUCUUCCUCUGUUGGCUCCCCUACCAUGCUUUGGCUCUGGCCAGGAUCUCGAUGGAUCUUGUGCCAGAGACCAUGCGUCUGGUGGCCAUCCCGCUGUCCAAAUGUCUGGCCAUGUUCAACAGUUGCAUCAACCCCCUGCUUUAUGUCUUUGUAGGGCAAGAGUUCCAGGAUGCAGUCAGGAGAUCCUUGCUGCAGGUCUUCAAAACUGCUUUUGAGGAGGCACCUCUGGCAGCCAACGUCUGA